UUUCAAGUAUUGUAGUAAUCCCUUCAAUAAUACGAAGUCAAAUGUUAAAGAAUUCAUUUUUAAUAAAAAAUGCUAUUCAUCAAUUUGAUACUGUUGUUCCAAUUAUUCCUAUCCUUAGAUCCCUAGCUAAAGCUAAAUUUUGUAAUGUACUUGGGAAUCCCAUUAGUAAACCGGGUUGGACCGACUUCUCAGAUUCUGAGAUUAUUAAAAGGUUUGGGCGGAUAUGUCGAAAUUUUAUUCAUUAUUAUAGUGGUUCUUCCAAAAAAAACCAGUUUGUAUCAAAUAAAGUAUAUACUUAGGCUUUCUUGUGCUCGAACUCUAGCUCGGAAACACAAAAGUACUGUACGCGAUUUUUUAAAAAGCUUGGGCUCGGAAUUUUUAGAAGAAUUUUUUACAUCGGAAGAACAAAUUUUUAAUUUCACGUUUUCAAAGGCUUCUUCAAAUUUGAGGCGAGUUUAUAAAAGGCGGAUUUGGUAUUUUGAUAUUGUUUGUAUCGAAGAGCAUAUUAAUUUUUAAAAAUUCAUGCAUCUUGUCAAAUUCAAAUUUUUUACCAAAUUAUAAAAUUAUUAAUAGAGGCAAAAAAGUUUUAUUUUUCCAUUUGAUCGUAAAUCUUUCUUAAAAAGUCUAAUUAAAGGGUAAGCUUAGUUUUAACUUUUUUAAAAUUGACUACAGAUAAUUUAUAUAUAAUUUAUAUAUAUAUAUAGGAACGCUUAUUCACAAAAAUAUUAAAAAAAAAAAUAUAUUCUUUACUCGAACUAAACAAGUUCCAGAUUGUAAUUAUGAGUACCAAAUCGUCAUACUUAAAUUAAAUGGAGAAAAUUUGCUUGACUUAAAAAAAGGGGGCGGAAUCAAAUUAGAUAGCUCUAUUGGUUGACACGAAUAUCUAAGUCGUGUUAUACUGUUGAAUAACAAGCCUUUAAUUUAUUCUAUUUUUUUUUUAUUUCGUGUGCUUGGGAGUCCCUGAUUAUAAAAUCAACCAAGAAUUGAUCAUGACUGCAGUUUUUAGAGAGACGCGAAACCCAAAGCUUAUGGGGUCGUUUCUGUAAUUGGAUAACUAGCACUGAAAAUCGUCUUUACAUUGGAUGGUUUGGUGUUUUGAUGAUCCCGACUUUAUUGACCGCAACUUCUGUAUUUAUUAUUGCCUUCAUUGCUGCUCCACCAGUAGAUAUUGAUGGUAUUCGUGAACCUGUUUUCUGGAUCUCUGCUUUACGGAAAACAAUAUUAUUUCAGGUGCCAUUAUUCCAACUUCUGCAGCUAUAGGAUUACAUUUUUACCCAAUAUGGGAAGCGGCAUCCAUUGAUGAAUGGUUAUAUAAUGGGGGUCCUUAUGAACUAAUUGUUCUACACUUCUUACUUGGUGUAGCUUCUUAUAUGGGGCGUGAGUGGGAACUUAGUUUUCGUCUGGGUAUGCGCCCUUGGAUUGCGGUUGCAUACUCCGCUCCGGUUGCAGCUGCUACCGCAGUUUUCUUAAUCUAUCCAAUUGGUCAGGGAAGUUUUUCUGAUGGUAUGCCCCUAGGAAUCUCUGGGACUUUCAAUUUCAUGAUUGUAUUUCAGGCUGAGCACAAUAUUCUUAUGCACCCAUUUCAUAUGUUAGGCGUAGCUGGUGUAUUUGGCGGUUCCCUAUUCAGUGCUAUGCAUGGUUCCUUGGUAACUUCUAGUUUGAUCAGGGAAACCACAGAAAAUGAAUCGGCUAAUGAAGGUUACCGAUUCGGCCAAGAGGAAGAAAACGUAUAAUAUAGUAGCCGCUCAUGGUUAUUUUUGGACGAUUAAUUUUCCAAUAUGCUAGUUUCAAUAAUUCUCGUUCAUUACACUUCUUUUUAGCUGCUUGGCCUGUAGUAGGUAUUUGGUUCACUGCUUUAGGUAUCAGCACUAUGGCAUUCAAUCUAAAUGGUUUCAAUUUUAAUCAAUCCGUAGUUGAUAGCCAGGGCCGGGUAAUUAAUACUUGGGCUGAUAUAAUUAAUCGUGCUAACCUUGGUAUGGAAGUUAUGCAUGAACGUAAUGCUCACAAUUUCCCUCUAGACCUAGCUGCUAUCCAAGUUAUAGCUACAAAUGGCUAGAGACCUUCGUCUCUUAGUAUAUAGAUAGAGAAUCUAUUUAAAAUAGAAUAAAGGGAGCAAUUCCGCCUUCUUGUCUAGAACAAGAAAUCGGUUAUUGCUCCUUUAUUGAUUCCUUUUUGAAAAUAACAUAGUUUAGUCGGGGGGCGGAUGUAGCCAAGUGGAUUAAGGCGGUGGAUUGUGAAUCCACUAUGCGCGGGUUCAAUUCCCGUCGUUCGCCCAUCACUCGAAUUAUCGUUUCGAUAAAUUCUAUAAAUGGGUGAAAUAUAUGAGUGAAAGUAAAUAACAUGCCGCUAUGGUGAAAUUGGUAGACACGCUGCUCUUAGGAAGCAGUGCUAGCGCAUCUCGGUUCGAGUCCGAGUAGCGGCAUAAAAAAUAAGAGUAAUCUUUUGUUCUUUUUCAUUUUUUUCUUAUCUAAUUCGGAGUUAAAAUCUUAUUUUUUUUUUUAUUUUUAUGAUAGUUUCAACCUUAGAAACAUAUACUAACUAAUAUUUCACUUUCAAUAAUACUCGUUUCUAUUUUAAUUAAAAUUUAUUUGAAAAUCUUUUUUGUAGAUGAAAACAUAAAACUUUCUAAUUCAUCAGAAAAGUGCAUUUUCAUAACUUUUUUAUGUAUAACAGGAUUAUUAGCUACUCAUUGGAUUUCGUCGGGCCAUUUCCCACUAAGUGAUUUAUCGGAAUCUUUGCUUUUUCUUUCCUGGAGUUUUUGCUCUUAUUAAUAGCCUUUCCUAUUUAAAAAAAAAUACAAAAUUAUUAAGUACAAUAAUAAGCCCAAUCAAUUUUUGUAUCCAGGCUUUUGCUACUUCGGGGUCUUUUCACAGAAAUUAAAAAAUCUUCAAUAUUAGUCCCCGCUCUUCAAUCUGAGUGGUUAAUAAUGCACGUAAGUAUGAUGAUAGUGGGUUUACGCAGCUCUUAUAUGUGGCUCCUUAUUAUCAGUAGCACUUAUGGUCAUUACCUUUAGAAAAAAUGAAAAUAUUUUUAAAAUGAAUUAUAUUUUUUCGGCUAAAAAUUUUUAUAAGAUUCAAUUAAGUAAAGAAUUGGAUUAUUGGAGUUAUCGAGUUAUUAGUUUAGGGUUUAUCUUUUUAACCAUAGGAAUACUUUCGGGGGCUUUGUGGGCGAACCAAGCGUGGGGAUCUUAUUGGAGUUGGGAUCCUAAAGAGACUUGGGCUUUUAUUACUUGGAUAGUGUUUUCAAUUUAUCUACAUACUCGAAGAAAUAGAACUUUCGAAGGUGCUACUUCGGCAAUUGUGGCAUCUAUAGGUUUUCUUCUUAUUUGGAUAUGUUAUUUUUGGAGUCAAUUUAAUUGGAUUAGGUCUACAUACUUAUGGUUCAUUUUCGCGAACAUAAAAAAAGACAUUAAUUUUUUUACUUCGUGAAAAGCUAAAAAUUUGUGAAACCCGUGCUCUCAAAUAAAAAUAUUUCCUAUUUGAGAGCACGGGUGUUCAAUAAAAAUAGAAUGAAUUCAAAUAUACUUUUCUGGACCAGAUCAAUAAGCGAGACCCAUACUGCGAGUUGUUUCAUGCCAUAAAUAAACUCGAACACUCAAGAAAUCUGUUGGGCAGGCGGAUUCACAUCUUUUACAGCCUACACAGUCUUCUGUUCUCGGAGCAGAAGCAAUUUGUUUAGCCUUACAUCCGUCCCAUGGUAUCAUUUCUAAAACAUCGGUGGGGCAGGCUCGGACACAUUGAGUACAUCCUAUACAUGUAUCAUAAAUCUUUACAGAAUGUGCCAUUGGACGAAUAAAUUUAUAAACUUUAUGAAUUAUCGAUAUAGUAUCCUCCAAAUAUUAUUUUUAUCCAAUAUAAAAUUAUAAGAUACUUGGUUUUUAGAUACUAUAUGACUCAAUGAAUUCUCAGAAGGAUUCUAAUCAAUAGAUUUCUGGAUUGGUUUUGAAAAUAAAAAAAAAAUUAUUUUAUGUUUUAAUAUUAUCAUUUUUUUUAUAACUACGCAAACUACCUACAAACUACCUAAUAGGGUAAAUAAGGAUUCUUUUUUUAAUUAACUCAAUCUAUUGUUUUAAAGUUUUAAAUAAAUACUCCCUUCAAAUUUAUACAGUAAGAAUCAAUAGACAAAAGGACAUGAUGUCUUUCUAUUCACUACCCCAAGCUAUUCUUUUUUAAUUGUUUCAGUAACCAUAUUGUUGUUCUAAAUUUAC